UGCUUCGUCGUGUUCGGUUGUACACCAAGCCAAGCACCGACUGUUUCUCUCUGCUCUUGGGCAAAACAAAUGUCCAAACACAUCGCAAAAAGAACGUAAACUAGCAAUACGCCGUGUGACAACAACUUGAAGCGUGCAGCAAAGCGAGCCACUGGAUUAUCGCGCACGAUUUUCAUAAUUUCAAAAACGCACAAAUAUAACAAACUAAAUACAAAAUAUAAAAACACAACACACACAGUUUACAAACGAAAUAUUUUUAUUUAAAACACCAAAAACGAAAAAAUGUUAUGAAUUGGCUAAAUAAAAUGUAUUAGCUGCAUGUGAAAUUUUUAAGUUUCCAAUACAAAAUCAUCAAAAGUGCAGUGAACAAAAAUUGGUUGAACAAAACAAACAAAAAACACCAAACAACAUUUUCAUUUUAAUUUUAUAAUUUGAAAAUCAUCAACGAGCUGCUUCAACAAAUUGUUGCUCCACAUAUUUCAAAGACAAAAAGCAUUAUGGACAACUGAAAGCAGUCAACACACACACAAACACACCAAUACACACACCUACAUUUAAACGUCGAAAUUAACCGCAAAACGUAAAUCGACGCCAGAAGGCGCUUACAAACAACAAACAGAAAGAAGAAACAAUACAAAAUGCAGCAAAAAUUACUGCAACAGUUGAUCUGCAUCUGCAGCUGCAUCUGCAUCAUCUUGAUGGGCAGCCAAACAGAGGCGCUGGCUAAUUGCCCACCUGGCUGCCAGUGCGAUGAUAACACCCUUGUGGUGCAAUGCGGUGAGGGGCAGCUGGAUGUGUUGCCCAUUGCAUUGAAUCCCUCGAUCCAGCGAUUGGUCAUUAAGAACAACAAAAUCAAGACCAUCGAUUCAUCCAUACAAUUCUAUGCGGAAUUGACAUUCUUGGAUCUAUCGCAGAAUCAUCUGAUGACCAUUCCUCAGCGCACUUUCGCAUACCAGAAGAAACUGCAAGAGGUGCAUUUGAAUCACAAUAAAAUCGGUCAGAUUAGCAAUAAGACUUUCAUCGGUCUGUCUGCUGUAACCGUGUUGAAUCUGCGUGGAAAUCUCAUCUCCGAGCUGCAUCAGGGCACAUUUUCGCCUUUACUCAAAAUUGAGGAAUUGAAUUUGGGCGAGAAUCGCAUUGGUUAUCUGGAUCCCAAGGCAUUUGAUGGUCUGAAGCAACUGCGCAUUUUGUACCUGGAUGACAAUGCGUUGACUUCGGUGCCGGAUCCCGUCAUCUUUCAGGCCAUGCCCAGCUUGGCUGAACUGUUCCUAGGCAUGAACUCGCUGAUGACCAUUCAAUCGGGUGCUUUCCAAGAUCUGAAGGGUCUGACGCGCUUGGAACUGAAGGGCGCCAGCCUGCAGAACAUUUCGCACGACAGUUUCUUGGGUCUUGAGGAACUGCGCGUCUUGGAUCUCUCCGACAAUCGCUUGGCACGCAUUCCCUCCGUGGGUUUGAGUCACUUGGUGCGUCUGGAGCAGCUGUCGUUGGGUCAGAAUGACUUUGAACUGAUUAGCGAAGGCGCCUUUGUUGGUCUGAAGCAGCUCAAGCGUCUGGACAUCAAUGGAGCGCUGAAACUGAAGCGUGUUAUGACUGGUGCCUUUGCUGCCAACGCCAAUCUCGAGUAUCUGAAUUUGUCGUCCAACAAAAUGCUUGUUGAAGUGCAAGAAGGCGCACUCAGUGGAUUGCCUCAUCUGCGUCAUGUGGUGCUGAAGGCAAACGCUUUGACUUCGCUGGCUGAGGGACUCUUCCCCUGGAAGGAUUUGACCACAUUGGAUCUGUCGGAGAAUCCGCUGUCCUGCGAUUGCCGUGUGAUGUGGCUGCGUAAUCUGCUGAUUGCCAAGAAUGCCACCCAAGAGGAUCAGCUGUCGGAACUGCUCUGCGAGUUCCCCGAACGUCUGCGAGGCGAAGCGCUUAAACAUCUGAAUCCCACACUCAUGGGCUGCUCACACACCGAUCCACGCAAGCAGGCUUUAAUUGGUGCUCUCCUGGUUGGUUCAGCUGCCACAAUUACUGCCUUGGCUUUGGUACUGUAUCGUUGCCGUCACAAGAUACGCGAGUAUCUCAAGGGUGGACUGUGGGGCAACUCAGCGCUGGGCCGCAAGGAACGCGAGUAUCAAAAGACUUUCUGCGAUGAGGAUUACAUGUCGCGUCUGCAGCAUCAUCCCUGCUCCCUGGGCAUUCACUCCACCUUCCCCAACACCUACACCGCACCACAUCAAGGCAAUGCUGCGGCGCAUCAUCACUACGGCAUGUGCCCCAUGCCCAUCAACGACUUGAAUGCAGUUGAUGGUGGUCAACACAAGUUCCAGCAGCUGCAGGUUCCCAUCUCCGCCACUCUGAUGCACGAAAAGAAGCUGAACAACAACAAGAACAUGGCUGGCAGCAUCGAUGACAGCGCCAACUUUGUGCUGCACAUGAAGAACGCCACCAUGGGACGCGAUCCGUUGCAACAACAUCAACAGCAGCCACAGUCGCAACAGCAGUUGCCACAGCAAAAUCAACAGAAACUCAAUCACUAUACAAAGCCACAAUUCCUGUCGGCCACAGCAACUGUUGCCGAUUCAUCCUGUUACUCGUAUGCCGAUGUGCCCAUGGUGCAUGCCCCACAGCAGCUGCGCAUCACCCACGAACACUUCAAGCCACGCGAGCAGCGCGAACAACGUGACUUUGACAACGACGCGAGCAGCAGCGAGAUGAUGGAUCCCAAUUACAUCUACAGCAAUGCGCACUACUCGCUGCCCCUUGAGCAGCUGGGACGCAGCAAGACACCGACACCGCCGCCACUGCCGCCAGCGUUGCCACUGCGCAACGGACUGUGUGCCACAACCGGACGUCGUUCGUUCCAGCAGAAGGCGACGCACAACAACAACGCGACGAGCACAAUGCGUCAGUUCACGCACUGAUCCUCGGAGCACUAUCGUCGCCGGCAGCUGAGCAUCUAUGCUUAGUGUCGCUUGUCAACUGUGAUGCCAAAAUUCAGCAUAAAAGAAACCUAAUUGAAGAAAUUAUAGUAGUAGUAGAACACAAAAGACAAAAUAAGUUUGCACGUGUCAACAGACAGUUCACUUUCCCCAGCAAAUUAAAUAGUAUAUUAAUUUAUUGAAUUUUUUG